AUGAGACGCGUCGCUGCACGACUUGUUCCGAAGGAGCUGAAUUUUCUGCAAAAAGAACAUCAAGAAGCAGUUGCUGAAGACACGAUUUCACGAGCUUCUAGUGACUUUACCUUCAUGAAACGCAUCAUAACCGGUAACGAAACAUGGGUUUAUGAGUACGAUAUGCAAACAAGUCAACAAUCUUCGGAACAUCGCUUAGAAAAUGAACGAAACCCUAAAAAACCGCGUCAAAGUCGCUCGAAAAUUCAGGCCAUGCUCACUGUUUUCUUUGAUUAUCGUGGUGUUGUUCAUUUGGAAUUCCUUCCAGAUGGACAAACAGUAAAUAAAGAAUAUUAUUUGAGCGUCAUGAGACGCUUGCGUGAAAAUAUUCGUUGGAAACGGCCAGAUUUGUGGAAAAACAAUUCUUGGAUCCUGCACCACGAUAAUGCUCCGUAG